CUGACGCGUUGGUGCAAAAGACAGGCGAAUUUCAUGGUGAUAUGCAGUUGGUUGAACCUCGAUCUUGCUCUCCUACGUGUACAUCAUAAAUUCUCUCCGAACCUACUAGGCGCCUAGGUACCUAGAUAGGUAAGUACCUACCUAAAUAGGUGUGUUGUUGGCUGAGGAUUUCCAACCCCAACAUCCUUCUUAUUUAGGGUUAUGCAUGCAAAGGGGAACUGGCCCAGGAAGAUUUCCCGCUCUAUUGGCUCUUCCAAAUUUUCCAUUCGCAGUAGCGGAUGACAUAUUGGCCUUCAAGGUUUGGCUUGUGUCUAGGUCGUGUGAUUCUGUUCACUAUACUCAAGUUCUGUUCCCUUGCCUGCAAAAAUAUACUCACCACUAACACCCUCAUGCUUUCGUCAUCUUGCCCAGAAUUUCCGGACUCCGUUAUAUUGUCAGGAUGUCUAGUCGCAUACGCAUAGCCAUAAUUGGCGGGGGCCUUGCUGGCGCUUUCAUGGCAAACGCAUUGAAAAAGAUAUCGCAUCUCGAUGUGCAGGUCUACGAAUCUGCCCCUGAGUUUUCUGAGCGCGGCCUCGGCAUUGGACUAUCUCGACUCGCUCUACAGGCUCUGGAAGAAAUCGUUCCUAAUGCGACCGACUUCUUGAAAAAGGAGGCAAAAGCAGUUGCCAUAGGCGCAUCUCGGAUUGUGAUGGGCUCUGGACCUGAAGCGGGCACUGUCGUCUGUGACAUCGAAGGGGAUACCGGGCUGGCGACAACCCGCGGCCCUCUGCUCAAGGCGCUCCUAUCCCUUCUACCAAAGGAUAUUCUCCACGCUGGUAAGAAGCUUACAUCACUAAAACAGACGGCCUCCGGCGUAGACCUCACAUUCGGUGAUUGUACCACCGCUCAUUUCGAUGCUGUCAUUGGUGCGGAUGGGAUGCAUAGUACCGUUCGGAAGUACAUCCUACAAGGUGAAGCCGAAGAGCAUUUGGCAUCGCCAACAGGGCUCUGGGAAUGUAGAAAUUUGGUGCCUGUCGAGAAGGCGAAAGCUGCUCUAGGCGAGGAGUCCUUUGAGGUCGAUCGCGAGUAUUGCUGGACUGGAGAUGGGGGCUUUAUGAUGCACGCGCUCGUGGAAAACGGCACGAUGGUUCAGUGCAUCGUAUCAGCUACCGAGGAGGACUCCCCUCCAGAUAGGAGGCGGAAAGUCACAAGAGAAAUGCUAGAAAAUGCAUUUGCAAGAGGUUGGCUUGACGGUCCUGUCGCAAGGGGGAUGAUUGAGCUCAUGUUGGAUCAAGAAGAAUUGAUAGGGUACUCCAUCUGGGACCAUAAACGCACACCGACUUACUCAAAAGGCCGGGUAUGCAUUGUUGGAGAUGCCGCACAUACAGUAAGUCCAUAUCAAGGCGCUGGUGGUGGCCUAGCUAUCGAGGACGCUUUGGUUCUUGGACAUUUGCUCGGCGCUAUUUCAUCAAUUAAAGUUAUCGACGCUGCAUUCAAAGCUUUCGACGUAGUUAGGAGACCUAGAUGUCAAGCGGUUGUCGAUAGUAGCAGGGCGACAGGCCAGUUGCUCACCGGCCAGGACUCACAGAUAGGGAUAGGCGCGGUAGAUAUGGGAAAAGCAUUGGGCCCCCUUUUCGAACACAUAGAUGCUCUGGAUCUAGCAUCACAUAAGCAAAUGGCGUUGGAUGAGUUCGGAAAGCAGGUCGAUCUAGCUGUGUCGAUCAUUAUUUGCACCGUAAAUAGAACAUCCACCAUGAUAGCCUCAUAAAUAAAUACCUUCUUGCCUGAAUAGGCAGCCAGGGACCACCGUAUAUACCCC